AUGUCUACAGAACCAAGAAUCCCACGACUUCAGAGGGCCCUCGUUGCCACGGGCCCGGGCACUCUUGCCAUGAAGAGUGUCCCUUUGCCACCGCUAGAGCCAGACCAAGUUCUCAUCCGAACCGCCGCCGUCGCGCUCAACCCAUCAGAUUAUAAGCUGCUUGACCAGUCAACAACAGCCGGUGCAACCAGCGGCAGCGACUAUGCCGGGACAGUGGUACGCAUUGGCGCCGAAGUUACGCGUAAAGACUUGGACAUUGGAGCCAAUUCCGGAAACCCCGCAAAUGGAGCUUUUUCUCAGUUUGUGGUCGCUCCUGCAGACCUCUGCAUCCGGAUGCCAAACUACAUGACUUUUGAAAUGGGCGCAGCCAUGGGUAUGGGCGUCAUGACAGUCGGGCUGGCCUUCCGGUCCCUUCAACUUCAUUUCAGAGACAACCAAGAUUUCAAUGCGGGGCAACAACAACAACACGUCCUCGUCCACGGUGGAGCAACUGCGACUGGCACCAUGGCUAUUCAGAUGCUACGACUGUCGGGCUAUCUGCCCAUUGUCACUUGUUCGCCCCGAAAUUUCCAGUUGGUUGCGAGCCGCGGCGCUGUGAAAGCAUUCGACUACAACUCGCCCACUUGCAGAGAUGAGAUAAAGGAGUACACAAAAAACAAACUGGCAUACGUUCUAGACUGCAUCGGCAACGCUGCUACCAUGACGCUUUGCUAUGGCGCCCUUGGAGAUGGCGGUGGGCAUUACACUGCGCUGGAACAAUAUCCCCGGCGCCUUACAAUCCGUCGCCGGAAUGUUUCUCAUGACUGGGUUCUUGGCUGGACGCUCUUCGGGAAACCUGUUGAAUUGGCGGGUGCUUAUCGUCGGCCUGCACUUCCAGAAGAUCGAGCGUUCAGUGCGAGCUGGGUACGCCUAGUAGAAGCUGAACUGAAACAGCGUUUGUUAGAGCCACAUCCCCUGGAGCUGCAUAAGGGGGGUUUAGCUGCCGUGGUUCCGCGUAUAGACUCGCUACGCAGGGGGAAGGUCUCUGGUAAGAAACUUGUAUUUGCAUUUUAA